CAACUACUUGUUGCGAGGCGAUCGCAAGCAUGACGAACGUAACAUUCCUCCAAAUUUCGGGCAUGUGUUUCACCAGAGAAGUGGUGCGUAUUAUUGGUAGCUACGUGGAGCAGGCCACUUCGCUCACUCAUCUGGAGUUACUCAACAUUUUGGUGUCCUGGUUGAGCUGGAGCUGUCUCAGUGCGGCCUGGGUGAAGUGUUCGCGUCGCGGGCCGCGGAGAGACUACUCCACGACAGGCGGCUGCGUAUUCUCAACGUGGAAAAUAACGAUUUCUCAGUCAACUCAAUUAAGAGCAUGGUAGAAGUCCUACAGGCACUUGGUGCUGAGCAUGGCUUUCUUUCCCGACGCUGACGUGUUCAACGUGUUUCGGGCCCUCGAAAGCAACCGGACCAUCUUUAUAAUGGUCUUCAAUGCCAUCACUUUCGGCGAAAGAAAUGCCAAGGCGCUGGGGCGAUUGGUCGAACGCAACCGAACGUUCAAUUCUCUCAUCCUCGAUCUUAACCACAGUGAGCCCUGCGUCGACCGCAUGGUUCAGUUCCGCAAUAUCUGCCGGGAACUCAAGGAGGCGCUUCGUCGAAACCGCUUCAUUGCGCACAUAAACAUAAACUUAGGCAAUUCUGAUCUCUCCAACGACCCUGCCAUCAAGGAGGCUAUCAGGCGAAACUCGGCGCUCAUCAACCAAGCCAUCCGGUUCGUCAAUGGCUCCAUGGACAAGACUGACGCCCUGGCUUUCGAGACCCUGCAGCAUUGUCGGUCGGUGUCAAUAAGGAUGCACUCGCAUGGUGGAAUUUCCCUCGAGUCAGCGCUCCAGAAGGUCGCCGAGGCGCGCGAAAGGCUCGCUUUGAACUACUUCGUCCUCGCGGGCGUCGUCAAAGCCAAACUUGUGUGCCAGAUGACUCGCAAGGAGGAGAAGAAAAUGACCUUGCUCGACAAAAUCGGCCGAGUAAUGCAGGCGCGCAUCUGCUCCUACCUCAGCUUGACCGACGUGGUGGACAUCUGAGGGUCCACACUUUCCGUUUCGUGCCUCAAUCCUCCAUCAAAUGAGAAUGACUUUACCGUACGUCAGCGCGCGCGCAAUGUAAAAACAUUAUCGAAUCAGGUUCUAAAGAAACUGCCACAUCAGAAACCGUCAUACCCUGAGCACUUUUUAAUUGGUGACAGUUACAUCAAGCGAUGUGUUUUAAUGGACCAAUUAAGAAACUACAUAUUAUUGACCGAUGCUCUCGCAUUUUAUCAGCCUUUUUCGCCAUACCACAAUUGCAUAUUUAUGCACAUCAUAUCAACCGGCUGGACUUCCGAACGUGACGCAUUCUUUACGGUGGUACAUUUCAUUUUUAUUAAUUUCUUUUUUAGCACCACCGUAUAUCAUAUCUUUGCCACGUAACAUAGGAAAAAUGGCGCAGCUUCAAUUUCUACACCACAGCACGUGGACGGAACACAAGCACACAUGCUUUUCAUAACGGUUUUUGUUGAGAAAAUGCUAAGCUGCCUCGCAAUACGAUGUGGCGAAUUUUGUGAAACUGAUUGGAGUUGUAGGAAUACCUCGAAGCUUUCAAAGUAUUUCUGAACUGUUUUGCUUUUGCUUUGUUAAAAAGCACAUUGUCGCAAAGUGUCAUCCUAUCUGAACGCAAGCGUUUGUGUGCUACUAAGUACUGCAAGUAAUGCCGCUGUUGGUGUGUAUGAAAGUAAAGUCAGCA